AUGCCACAUGCGACAUGGUAUUUUACUAUUUUAAUAAUGACUAGUAGUAAUCAUUUAAAUAAAGAUCAAUAUGAAUUUAUAUUAAAAUCUGGUAUUCAAUCGAUAUUAUUUAAUUCAAUACAAAAAUUUUAUUUUCAAUAUUAUUUAAAUCAAGGACAUGCACCAAUAACAAUUAAUGAAUUAAAUCAAAUAAGAACUAAAUUAAAAUCUCAACAUAUAGAUAAAAAGAAAUUAGCCUAUGAAGAACUAAAACGUAUACUUGAUAGACCAAAACCAGUAUUUGAAAAUGAACAAUUCAAACCAUCAGAUGACUUCAUUCCAAUAAUUGAUGAUCAUAUUUUAGUUAAUUUGAUUUCUCUUAUUGAAAGAAUUUCUUCUGAUAUAAAUACAUUUACAAAUGAACAACUCAAAGAAUUACUUGAUAAAUUUCGUUGUCAAUCAACAAUGGUUCGUCCAAUACCAUAUUCUGAACAACAACGUUUAUUAUCAUUUUAUUCUCGUCCAAUAUCAUUACAUGAAUUAGAAACUUAUUCUCUAUUAACCGAAUCAGAUUUAAAUAAUUAUCUUCUAUUACUUAAAACUAGACCGUUAAUGAAAAAUGAUCAACUAUAUGAUUUUUUGACUAAAACAAUUAUAAAUAUAUUUGAAGAUCGACAAAAAUUUUCUAAUGAAAUAUGUCAAGAGUUAAAAAAAAUUUUUGAUACAAAAGUUUUCGGCAAAAUACGUUGUCGUUUGAUCAAUAAAACUUAUAGUAAUUAUCGUUUAAAUAAAAAUAAUCUUGUAAUAAUUAAUCAAACUAUUCUCAAUCAAUUAUUGAAUAAGAUUCUUUUACAAGAUUAUCAAGCUUUUGUAGAAUUUUUUAAUUUAUUAGAAUCUAUUUUACAAUCUAUCAAUUUCAACGAAUUAACAAUUGAAUUUGAAAUAAAUCGUUGUCUUUUAACAACAAUAAUUCUUAUUAUAAUCAAUAAUGAUUAUUCAAAUUCAUCAGAUUUUAUUUUAUUUCAACAACGUUUAACAACAAUGAUAAUGAAACAAACAAAUUUUUUUUCAUUACUUCUUACUAAACAACAAUAUGAACUUAUUUCAUCAUGUCCAAUAUUAAUAUUAAAUAUUGAUAUAUUAAUUAAUUUAGUAAAAAUAAAUUUAAAUGAUAAUAAUUUUUCUAAUUU